AUGAAGAAGCAAGGUCUCAAGUACGACGUCGUCGUCAUCACCAUCGCCCCAAACUACGGAAAUUCAGCGGUGAAGACAGAAAUACUGGACACAAAGUUCAUCGUUCACCCAGUGGGUUCGAGUGCAAAUCGCUGGGGUAUCGUGAUGUUGCAUCUGUAUUGCGAUGUCACGACUAAAACUCCACAGGUACACGUGUUCAUGUACGAACAGCUCAUCGAUGCAGAUUAUCGAGAAUUAAUGAUUGCUGUGUGGAAGGGUACUAUGAAACACCAGAGUGAGGAAAGGAAGGUCGUAUGA